CACCCAUCACUCGUCUUUACCUCUGUUGCGCCCUUUCGGAUUUAUUUUCUCCACACGGACAUCAUGCAGCUCAACUCAGAAGAAGCUUUGUGAGAAUUUCUUCACAGAUUGUGGUCCAAACAGCACUGAAAUGUGGGCAUUACCGAGGACUCGUUAUGCUGACUGUAACAGCUCAGCGGCGAGUGAGGAGACUGAGAUUGCUGUAAAUAUUGGCGGUGUCAAACACGUUCUCUAUGGCAAACUUCUGAACAGAUAUCCCAAGACACGUUUGGCGGAACUGGCGAACAGCGCCACGGAUUGCACGCAAGAUCUCUCUUUACUCUGUGAUGACUACGACUCCUCAAAGCGAGAGUUUUACUUUGACAGAGAUCCGGAGGUGUUCAGAUGCAUAAUGGAACUUUAUUUCUACGGAGAAAUUCAUAUGAAACGAGGAAUCUGCCCCAUGUGUUUCAUGAGAGAGAUGGAGUUUUGGGGCAUCAAUGCAGACUAUCUGGACGAAUGUUGCCAGGGUAGUCUAAACGAGUUGGAAACUGAACUUGCGGAAAUUGCGGAGAAGGUCAAAACCAUCCUGGAAGACCUGGAGGGUGAUGCCACGGCCACAAGAGGCCAGAGAUGCCAAGCAUUCCUGUGGAAGCUCAUGGAGAAACCAGAGUCCUCUUUAGCUGCACGUGUAAUCGCUGUGGUGUCAUUUGUCUUCAUCCUGCUCUCCUCUGUGGUCAUGUGCAUGGGCACCAUACCGGAGCUGCAGGUGCAGGAUGCAGAGGGGUGUCUCAUGGAACACCCAACCCUUGAGUCCAUUGAGAUGUCUUGCAUCAUCUGGUUCACCGUGGAAUACAUUCUGCGUCUCGUCUCCUCUUCGAAUAAGCUGCGAUUUGUGCUUUCCUUCAUGAAUAUCAUAGAUUUUAUGGCCAUAAUGCCUUUCUAUGUGGUGUUGAUUCUUACGCACUUAGGCACUUCUGUGAUGGAGUUGGCCAAUGUUCAGCAAGCAGUGCAGGCAUUGCGAAUUAUGCGCAUCGCACGCAUCUUCAAACUGGCGCGCCACUCCUCUGGUCUGCAGACUCUCACCUACGCGCUCAAGAGCAGCUUUAAAGAGCUGGGCCUGCUGCUUAUGUACAUGGGUGUGGGGAUUUUCCUGUUCUCCGCACUGGGGUACACAAUGGAGCAAAGCCACCCAGAGACCAUGUUCACCAGCAUCCCACAGUCCUUUUGGUGGGCUGUCAUUACUAUGACCACUGUAGGUUAUGGAGACAUUUAUCCUAAAACCACACUGGGCAGGUGUAACGCCGCUGUUAGUUUUCUGUGUGGCGUGAUAGCUAUUGCUUUGCCAAUCCACCCGAUCAUUAACAACUUUGUGAUUUUUUACAGCAAACAGCGUGUGCUUGAAACCGCUGCUAAACACGAGAUUGAACUUAUGGCGUUACGUGCAAAGGAAGAAAAGGGCAAGUGCCAAGGUGCUGAAAGAAUGGCAACACAGGGUUCGGUUGGCAAUAGCAUGGUUUGGGACUGUGCUGCUGUGAGCGAGUCAAAGAGUGAUACGUAUAUCCCAUUACUUGGUGAUACAAUAGCCACUGUGUCCAAAUGCCAGCCUGUCCACAAAUACUAGAACAACUAGAGGGGAAUAUGUUCUUAGUCUGUCUGUCUGACUGCCUGUCUGUCUGUGUCUGUUUGUCUGGCUGUCUGUCUAUCUAUAUAUCAACUGUAUCAAUAAACCUCAUCUGGUGAAAUAUAAACAUACAAAACUAUUAAUCUGGUAAAUCUAUAUCCUAUAAAAAGCUUAAUUUGCUAAACACUUGCUUAUAGAGCAUUUUUCUAUACAUUUCUUACAGUUUGGUGCCAUAAACAACCAUUUCCGUGGUUCAUGUGGACGUCUAUGACCUGACCUGGCAUGCUUGAGUAACCUAUACUCUCUCUCUCUCUCUAGAUUUUUUUAUCUCUCCUGUUAACUAAACAAUGUCAUGAAAAACCAUCCCUCUCUGUCAGAGACUGAAUUAUGUGUCACUAGAUUGCUGCACUGCUUUGAGCAUUCUUCAGGGUGUGAGCCACUCUAGACCAUUAGUUGGGUCCUGAAAGACAUGGGUUGACAUGGAUGUAAGUGUUUGUGUGUGGGUGUAAUCUGUUUGUUGUGCAUUAGUGUUCUGAUGUGUUUUUGCCCACAUGGAAAGAAGGGUGUCAGUGCAUUUGUCUUUGUGUGUGUAGGCCUGUCUGUCACACAAGGCCUGUUGAUGGCGGGACAGUGAGAUAUGGCUUGGAUCGGUUGGUAUGUGGGUGGAUAAAUAAGCAGCUACUGCUAAUAGCCAGUAACCUCUGGAGCUCACCAGUGCAGCCAAAUGGGCAUCACACACAAAUGGCGCAUGCCAAAAAUGUUGGCCAAGACAGGGGAAUAAAGGCCACAGACCUUCUCCAAACACACACGUAUCACCAUUUACGAUAUAAAUGAAAAGCGAAGUACACCUCUAGAAUGCCCAUACACAGCCUGUUGUCACUUAUCAUUUUGUGAGACAUUUGGUGUCCCAUUAUGUUGAUAAAAUACACAGCUCACACAAGGCACAGCCUAAGAUAGAAGCAAAUGUUCCAUGCAGCUCACUGUAUCCAAAAUCUUCCAAGUCAAUUGCUCAUAAAUCAGUGUCAAGUUACACAUACCCACAUUGCAUUGUAACCAGAGCACACAACUAGCACACCAGACACAUUUUAGAAUAUCAAAGCCCACUGCUUGUCAACUUCUAAAAAUAUGAGCAACUAUGUUCCCCCUAUGAGUUUCAGUAGGUAAAAUCAACCAUUACGCGCAAGCUGUAAAACUGCUACAGCCUACCCACAAAGCCAAAAAGAUGUGUCUUUCAAAACAUCUAUUUUUUACUUGAUCUUUUGAAAGUUGGCAGAAGUAUAAUUGAGUGUAUCUUCCUAAUCAUAAUUCAUAGUUUAUGUGAAUUCCCUCACUGAGAGUGAGAGAAUGUGAACAAGGGAAAUCUAAUAGAAAAAAAGAAAUGUAAUGACUGCAUUAAAAUGUGCAGAUCCACUUAAUGUACCAAGAGACAAAGGCAGGUUCUCUGAUUUAAUCUGAGUGGGGUGUAUGGAAAAUUACAUCGCAGAAGAGGCAUUUUCCUCCUUUCUUAACACACCAGCCAGCCACAGUUCAGAAAAAUAUAUUUAAGAGAAAAUGAUGGAAAGUCCUUUUGGACAUGUUAAUAUUUAAAAGUAUUACAAGAACCCUCUUGUUCUUUUGGAAUAAAGCUAUGUCUCAAAAGGAAAAAAUUAGAUUUCACAAGUGUUCUUGUAACUGCGUGACUUUAGGACUGAUUAGAAAUAUAAUAGUUAUCAAAACUAAAGAAAGAUGUUUGGAAGAAUGUUAGCCUCAGUCACCAUUUACUUUCCUUGCAUAUUUUUCCAUACAUUGAAAUUAAUGGUGACUCAGUCCUCAACGUUUUGCUUGAAAUCUACUUUCAUGUUCUAUGGAGGUAAUAAAUGAUGACAGAACUUUCAUUUUUGAUGAACUAACCCUUUAAAUUUCUAGAAAUAUCCUUACUGUGGUAUUGAUUCUUAUUGUCCUACUUUUGUUAUUCUUCUAGUGAUUGGUCCUUAAAUCAGUCAACUUUUUAUUGGACCAGAAAGUCUAGAAUAGACUUUAUUAAGAAUACUAAUUAUAUGCAAAUAAUAUGGAAAAAUCUUUUCCUUCCCAUGGCGUUCAUGUGACACUGAAAGAUGAAUACAAAACCUAUUUAGACCAGACUGGUUUUAUUAAAAGCAUGAAGCAACCAGAAACUGAUCAAUAUUUAAGUAAUUUUUCUUUCCACUGCACAGUAGAAUGUGAAUCACCAAAAACAGAAGAAGAAGAAAGUGGAAAAGGACUAAAAUAUUGAUCUGUUUCUCACCAACACUUAUAUUGUUUCAGAAGAUAUAGAUUUAAUCACCAGAGUCAUCUGGAGUACUUUAAUGUUGCCCUUAUGUGGAUUUUGGAGCUUCAAAAUGUUGGCACCCAUUCAGUUGCAUUGUAUGGACCUACAUAGCUGAGAUAUUCAAAAAAAUCUGAAUUUGAGUUCAGCAGAUGAAAGAAAGUAAUGCACAUCUAGGAUGGUAUAAGGGUGAGUAAAUGAUGAGAGACUUUAAAUUUUGUGGUGAACUAACCCUUUAAUGUGCAAUAGUUAUCUGUUAGUAUCUCUUAAGGCUUGAAAACAUGGCAAACGUGCCUCUUAAGGAGACAGGCCUGUUUCACACUGUAAGUGCAAGCAAUGCGUACACCAAGCAGCAUCCUAACAAUGCCAGUAAACAUUUAGGGUGUGGACACUGAGACUGGGAAUUCAUACAAAUACUUUGGUGUCUACCUAAACAAUAACCUUGACUGGUCUGAUAACACAGGUGUCUUGUACAGGAAAGUCGCCUUCACCUCUGACGACUGAGGUCCUUUGGAGAAUGCAGGGCACUGCUAAAGACUUUUUGUGACACUGUGGUAGCAUUUGUAAUUCUAUAUGCAGUGGUCUGGUGGGGUGAAGACAUCUCGGAGAAGGACAAAAAGAGACUUGAUCAGGAGGGCUAAGUCUUGGGUUAGGUCUUUUCUGGGAUGUUGCUUGGGAUCCAUUGAUGAAAUAGGAGAAAAUAGGAUGGGAACUAAGUUGUCAUCCAUCCAAAACAACACCUCUCACCCCCUCCAUGAGACAGUGAGGUCCCUGGGCAGCACAUUCAGUGGCAGGCUCAUUCAUCUGCAUCACUCAAAAGAGCGUUAUCAAAAGUAUUUUCUUCCAUCUGCUGUGAGACUGUUCAACCAACAUCACACAUGAUUACUAGACUGUUUUUAAACCCUUUAUGCACAAUAUUUAUCUAUUUAUAAUGACAAUAUCUAAGUGGUGCAAUAUUAAACUGAUGUAUUGCUGUCUGCUGGUACUGAUUACUUUGUACAUAUUUAAUAUGGUUUUAUAUCUUUUAUAUACAACCCCAAUUCUGAAAAGGUUGAGACAGUAUGAAAAAUGCUAAUAAAAACAAAAAGGAGUAAUUUGUAAAUUAUAUUCACCCUUUGCUAUAUUGAAAGCAAUACAACUACAUAUUAUAUGAUGUUUGACCUUGUGAAUUUCAUUAUUUUUUGGAAAAUGGACAGUAAUUUAAAAUCAGAUUAUUGCAACGCACUCCAAAACAGUUGAGACCGGGGCAAAAAAAAGAGAAAAGUUUCACAGUGGUAAACACUCAACUGUCCCAACUGUUUUGGGACAGUCGAUCAUGUGUUGCAAUCAUCUGAUUUUAAAUGACUGCACAUUUUAAAACAAAAACAAAUACGAUAAAACAUCAUACAAUGUGUAGUUGUAGUACUUUCAAUAUAGCAAAGGGUG